AAGGUCAAGAACAUCGUCCCAGGCUCCCACUUUACGACCGCGACGAGAAUCUGCAUACCUGCGCCUGUAUCCUCGCCAAAGCUCAUCAUCACCUCGAUAACAAAAACCCGAAACUCCCGCCGAUAGAUCGUCAAGAGGACCCGCCAAGAUGUCGACCAUGUGGUUAUCGGAUUCGCAGAAGAUUGGUGUUGCGUUCUGCUCCGGCGGAGGUUUCUUCCUCAUCGGAGGCGUGAUGCUGUUCUUCGACAGAGCCAUGCUUGCCAUGGGAAAUAUCCUCUUCCUCAUCGGCCUCACCAUCAUCAUCGGCCCCCACAAGACUCUCCUCUUCUUCGCGCGGAAGCAAAAAGCCAAGGGCACGGCGGCGUUCUUUCUGGGCCUGCUGCUGAUCUUGUUCCGGUGGCCGCUGAUCGGGUUCUGCAUUGAGUUGUACGGAAUCUUGAUCCUGUUCGGGGACUUCCUGGGCACGAUCGGCAGCUUCGCGCGGGGCAUCCCGGUGAUUGGGCCCUAUAUUGGGAUGCUGGUUGACAAGGCGGGCAUGGGCAGGCGCAACGCCGAGUUGCCCGUGUAGGACUUUUGUUUCGACCUUUGCGUGACGAAUUUAUAGACCUAGGGGCUUGGCUUGGGGCUUUUCUUCAACCUGCAGUAGAAACUGCUUGGCACGGACACCAGGGCGCCUACACACCAGAGCGACCCAUGUAUACAAGAGGCCUUGGCGGCGUUGAGGGAAAUCAUGGCGUCUAUUCGGCUCUGAAAGAGGCACUUGCCUGUAAAAUACAAGAAUGUACGGCGGGAUAUUAGAUCGGCACCUUGUACGGGCCUGUGGUUUGCCUCAUGAUGGUGUUGGAUCGGAGUUCAAACAACUGCCACUUCGUCCCCUGAAAUCGAUGAGCAUCACUGACGAAGGCCUGGCCCGCGCACAAGGAGCCUUCCCGGAGUUUCGCGCAUGUCUCAUUGGGAUGGCUAACCGCCUAAAUAACAGAAUCCACCGCCCCGGCA